UUGAAAUGGGUAUGGUAAAAAAGUUGACAGAUGAGAACAUUUUGAUGAUAGAUAGUCUUAUUACUUCAGUAUUAAACUCUUGAUAAUUACAGAAUUUACACAGCAAUCAAACAUUCUGACAUUGUUAUGCUUUUGUAUAAACCACAAUGAAUUUCCCAGUACUACAUGCCUCCUUGCAGCAUGACUUAUCUGGAUCGUUACCAAGCAGUGUCUUUGCUGCAUUGAAGCCUCCACCACAUUCCUCAACCAGCAGCACAUCCAGCGAUGUUGAUUUACAAAUUGUUGGAGGUGUUUUGAAAGAUACAUCUUACUCGUGGCUUGCAAGGGGGUCAAUGUUUGUAGUCAUCAAUUCAAAAACGAAUUCAGUUGUUUCGAUAUUUGACUUCAAUCGUUCAUUUCCUGAAUUGAGAUUCAUAGUGACAUCAUGCUGUUCAUGUGAUGAUCUUCUCAUUGUUGGAUUAAAAGGACAAGAUGGUAGAGGAUGUGUUGCACUCUAUAAGCCACGCAUAUCGAAGCUGGUUAAAGCCAUUGAUAUACCUUAUUCAGUUACAGCAGUUGAAGUUGUAGCAUGUCGAGGAGGAGCUUUGUCAUCUUUACAUUCUUUAUGCAAAAGUUUACGAUGGUUGUUUGGUAUUGUAGCUGUUGGAACUGAGGAGGGACAUUUGUAUUUACUUGAUUUAAAGUUUGACAGUCCAGGGAAUGUUGAUAAUUUGCCAUCACAAAUGGAGAUAGUUCCACCUGCACUGAAAAAUGUUCCUAAAACAAGAGAAAUGAUUGUUGGAUAUGACUCAUUUUUAGCUUUUGAAAUGCAAGCUGCUUGUCAUGAGGAAGGUGUUUUUCAUUAUGCUCAACCAGAUGACGAGAUUAUCGAAUCAUUUUAUCCAUCAGAUGCUAAUAUAACAACUAUUCUGUACGAACCAAGAACAACAUCAUUAUUUGUUGGAUUCAACUUUGGACAAUUUCAAAUAUUUUCUCUUCAGAAUAUGACUCUUGUCCAUAGCAGUGAUUUACAAGAAAAUAUUGCGCCUGUUUUGAGAUUCUCAUUUCAAGAACCGGAGAAUGAUCCUCGCAAGUUCUGUUAUCUUUGGGUGGCAAGGGGUCAUAAACCUGGUGAUAUUUCAUCUAAUGGAAAUUCUGAGCCAUUGACUCUUUGCAUGUUUCAACUCAUGUUUAUAAAGAAAGAGAUUCCAAAAAAAUCUAAACAGACAGAUAAAAAAUCAAACCACCCAUUUGCAAGAGUUCUCUAUAAAGAUUUGGAAGGUUGUAAUUUGAGGUUCAAGCAUUGUCUAGGUACUGGCCUUCUCUCAAAUGUAUCAAAAUGCUGCGGUUCUACGCUGUUGAUGUGUUCUUCUAUCGAAGAAUUUGCUCCAGAAUUGGAUCGACAAGAUCAGAUGGAAGAUUAUGUUGAAUAUUGUGCCAGUCCAUCGAGCAGUUAUUGUAUGUUUGGUUGGAAAAGCCUACAAGGAAAAAGCAGUGAUCGAAGUGAAUUGAAUGUGAUCAUCUUUGACAUUAACAGAUGGUAUCUUGCUCAAAUGCCAUCCUGUUUUAGAAGAGAUGAAGAUGAUUAUAUCUAUGCAGGAAUGUGGACGUUUGACGAUGAUCAAUUCCAGUUAUCAGAAGAUGAAUCAAUAUUGGGUAUGCAUGUUCCAUCUGAAAAAAUUCAGCACUUUAAUUCAGGAAUGAAACCAUUGCCAGAUAGAUUCUUCCUACCGUCCUCGUGCAGUUUUCCUCUUUAUUACAUCACAAAUCAAUCAUUGAACUAUUAUCUUAUGUAUGGAUAUCAGCAACAGGUACUGAACACCGCAACUGAAUUAAAAUCGACGUGUCUCGUUAGUCCAAAAGAAAUCCAUGAUGAUAUGCUUUCUUCAGAACUUUAUUCAAAACAUUCAUCUCAUCAACAGUUCACUCCAGAUAUGAUGAGAGAAAAUAUUUUAACUACAGCUCUGGAACAUGGCCAAGUUAGUUUUCUGCUAUCAAUUGUUCGAGAUUUGGCGAGUGGUCAUCUGGCAGCUUGUGGCUGCACUUUGAGAUUCGUGAUGGAUUGGGCUUGGAAAUCUGUUGCAAACGUAAAAGACUCCAUCGAUAAAUUAUGUAUUCCUAUUUUUGAUUGCACUUGUCCUACGUUGGACUCACUGGUUCAAAGUCAGUUACAAUUUCACACUACGCAAGUUCAUCAUUUAAAGAUUGUUUUUCAGAAAUUGUUAGAAUUCACAGAAGAUGCAACUGAUCAAAGUAAAGAAGAAUUAAAAACAAAAUUAAAUGUUGUUACAUUAAUACAUCAGUAUUUAAAGGUUGUACAUUGGUUUAUUAACAAUGGACUUCUACCAGAACAAUUAGACAAUGUUGAAAAUAAUGAAGAUAUAAUGACUCCAAGUGGAAUUCUUAUUUAUAAAUAUACUCGAUUACGUGAAGUUUUUGAUCAAAGAAGAGCGGAAUUAAAUAGGUCAAAUUGUCCAGAUCUUUUGUUAAUCGAUGGAUGGGUGGAAGAGAUAGGAGAACCUCUCACAUCAAGAUGGUUGAAAGAGGAAGGAGGAAAGGUCACAUUUCCACCACCUAGUUUCAUGACCUUGUUGGACAUGUACUAUCUGGACUGUGUUAAUGUGACAACAAAGCAUUGUCUUGUUAUGUAUCUUCUUCUCGACGUUCUAGCUAUGUUUUCAACAUUACAAAAUGAAGCAAAAUGUGAUUUAUAUGAAUCACAAAGAGAUCGAUUGAACAACAUUGCAUCAUUUCUUCAUAUAUUUGGAGUUCCUGAAAGAUUGAUUAAAUUAACAGAAGGAUUUUGGCUGCUUGACCAUAAGAACUUUGAGGCUGCUUUGGAAGCUUUUCUUGAUGCUGAUACGAGACAACCAGCAUCGUCAUGGCAAGAACGAAGAAUUCUCAGAUCAUUUUUACAUCAAGGUCAUCCAGAAAUGGCAUUGAAAUAUAUCUCAGUUCGAUGUCCACGUGUUGAAACUAUUGAAGACGCAAAAAUGCAUAUCACUAUAUUUAUAAUGAGCAGGGAGCCAUUGAAGGCAUGGGAUCUAGUUCAAAUGUCUGUUGGACAACAUAAUUCCAAAGAUUUAUUUUCUCAUCUUUUCACUUUGUCUCAAAAACAUUCUCAACUCGAUCAGUUGUUGAAGUUGCCUUUCUCACAAUCAGAAGAGGAUAUGGUUAUCAAAUAUUUACAAGAAAGCAACAGUGCAGAAGCGACUCAAAUACUGGUUUUAUAUUAUCUUCAACAUUCAAGAUAUGUUGAUGCAAUAAAACUACACUCACAGAAUAAACACAAUAGAUUAAUGCGAGAUCAAAGUGAGGAGUCUAGGCGACGUAAUGCAAAACUCGAUCAUAUUGUGCAGUCAUAUUCCAAUUUAUUACCAAAGAUUGAACGAGAAAUUGCCUUUUCUUCAAGUAAAUUUUUCAAGCAACAAGCUAUUGUUCGAAAGGAAGUUCACAAACCAAGUGCAUUAUCAUCUAUUGUUCAUCCUACCAAAUACAUGGAAACGUCAUCUCGAGCUGAUCGCCUUGUCAAUCAAAUGAAUAAAAUUGAAGAAAAGCAGAGAAAUUUACAAGAACCUAUUUUGACACCUUUACGAAGGAGACCUCACCCAAGAAUACUUGAUACGUAUCAAAUGAACAACAGUGUAUUUCUAUAUCCGACCAUCGAUCAAUCUAGAAAAAGACGUUCAAUUGAUAUACAUGGAACAAUGGGUAGAAGGUCUAGUUUUGGAUCUCCAGCUCGUGGUCAGUCACAUUUGAAUAUGUCAAAACUUGGUCCUUCUACUGUUGCUGAAAGAAGGUUAUCGAGUCUAUCUGUGGCUUCUAUGUUACUUCAAACACCACCAAUAACUAGAAGAAGACAAUCAAUAUCACAACAAGAUAUACAAACUGAAAUACAAACUCCACAGAGUAUUCUCAAAGUCAAGAACUUCAUGAAGAGAGAAAGAAGUCCUUCCCCAUCAAUAUCUAUGAUUUCUCAAUCUUCAUCGAGGAUAAAUGAUAAUAGAACAAAAAUGACGAAUAUUGGUGAAAAUGAAUCAAUCGAUUCAGAAAGUAUGACAGAUGAUGUUGAGAUUAAAAUUUGUGAUUUGGGUUUGGAGAGUACAGUUGAUGACACAGCAGGAUGGGUGACUUGGCAGAGAAGAGGAGUAUUUGAUAAUACUGAUAUUAUGAGGCUUCACAGUACUUCUAUUGGUUCAGAAGGAUUUAGUCAAUUGUCACAAGAAUCUGAAGAUAGGGUUAAGAAACAUGGCAUACCGACUGUCAGUACACCUGACGCUAAAUCAUCUAAAAGACCAAAGUUGAAUAGUGAUACUUUCACCAAGGAGAAUUUGAACAAAAUGCCAACAGUAACAACUCCGUUCGCUAAAAUUUCUGCUUUAAAGAGGUUCCAAUCGAAAACGGAUGUUGGAGAGACUAUUCAAGAGAAUAAAUCAGCAUUGGAUACACCGAAGAAACUUCGAUUUGCAGGACUAGAUAGUAGUGCCAAUGAUUCUGGUCUUUCAGUGGUUUUGUCUCCACCAGUAGAACAAGUUGCUGGUCUUCCUAAUCUAACACCAGUUCGAGUCAGUUCAGAAACAUGUGAAGAUCAUGAGAUGGAUGUUGAUAUUACUGGUGAUGAAAGCAUCAAACAAAGUUCUGAAGAAGAAUCUGAUGACGAACCUGCGGAAAUUUCGGAGAUUCCCAUAGAAGGUGAAGUAAAACAAUAUGAGGACGAAGAUGAUGAAGAAGAAAAUAAUGUCGUGCAACUGGAUGAAGAUAAUGUGGAACAUAUUAUUGAACCUUCUAUUUAUGACGACAGUGGUGAGGUCAUUUGUUUGGAUGAUUCAUCAGAUGAUGAACAAGCACAAAAUGAUGAGAGGGAUCUCAUUCCACAUCCAACUGAAAAAGAAUCUGAAAUUAUCGAAAAACCGUUCCAUCAAGAUGAUCAAAGUUUGAGACUUGCCGUUUCACUUUCUGAAGAGAGUGAAGAAAGUUUUGGCAAGGAUGUCGUUUUUCAAGACGUAGUUCUCGGUGGAUCUACGAACCUCGAAAACCCAAUUGAAACAGACAAUCAUAGUUUAAAACUAGUUGUGUCUUCUUCUGAAGAAAGUUUGCAAAAAGAUGAUAUUUUUCAAACUAGAAAUGAAAUUGAUGACGAAGCUGAGAGAUUUGAGGAACCUGUACAACAAGCUGACCAGAGUUUAAUGCUCGUUCUUUCUUCCUCUGAGGAGAAUUUGGGAGAUGAAAAUAAGUUCGGAAGUGGAGAGUUUACAAUUGAGAAAGAUGAAGUUGAACAAAUCCAAAUUAUUCAAUCGUCAGAGAUUUCUCAUGUCUCUCCAAAUUUGGAUGAGAAUUUCAUGAGUGAGGAACAGGACUCUGAACCAAUAAAAAAAGAAGAAAUAUCUCAAGUUUCACAUACUCAAGAGGAAGAGUUGUUUGAAAAAGAUCAAUCUCGAUUACCACAUGUUCUCGAGGAUGAGGUAAUUGCUGAGGAGGUUGAAGAGGGGGUAAAACAAGUGGAGAUUUUAUAUGUUGAGGAAAGCAGUGAAAUUGAAGUAGUGGAAACCAAACAGUCUAUCGCUGAAGUUGAAAUUAUUGAAGUUCCAGAAACUAAACAAGAAGAUCUUCCAACUUCUGAUGAAGAAGCACGAAUGUCUCCUGAAUUGGUUGUUCCUCAUACUGAUAAAAGCAUUGUAAUUAACAAGGAUGACGAAGUGACCUCGGAUUAUCAAACAAUGAAUGUGAAUAAAUUGGAGGAAAUUCUAACUUCUCCGGAAGCAGAGAAAACACAGGAAAAUGAACAAAUACCAUCAGCUACACCAGAAAAAGAAAAGCCAUUGAUUUCCAAAGAAGAACUUGCUAAAGUAAUAGAAAUGGAGAAAUCUGUAAAGAAAAUUGAGGAGAAAAUUGAAGUUGUUGAAACACCAGUUGAAGUGAGGGACGAAAACAUAUCCAAAGUUCAAAUAAUCGUGAAUCCGUCGACUCCAGUGUUAGAAAGAGUGAGGGAAGAACCAAAAUUUGUUUUGUCGCCUCCGACCACUCGGAAAUCUAAGAGGAGAGGAACAACAACAAAAUCAACACAAUAUACUCCUAAGCCUGAAUCUCCAACAAGAAAUAAAGUUCCAAAAUCACCUUCAAGGAUCACAAGAAGUUCAAAGAAACAAGUGGAGCAAGAUCCGGCAGCUCCAGAACCAGAAUUUUUAUUUUCUCCGCCCAAGACUCGAACAAGAUCAACUAGGAAGAAAGAUCAAUCAAUGGCAACAUUGUCACCUCCUCGUUCCACCACCAAAAGAACAAGGAGUCAAACUAAGUCUCAUGAUACUGACAGUGAUCGAUCUGUUUCACCUGUUUUAAGAUCAAGUUCACAUAAAAGAAAUGUUAAGAAGAGAGAAUCAUCUCCGGAGGAGAAACUGGACCCAUCGACUACACCAUCACGUAAAACACGUCAAUCACCAGGACGUAAAACUGCUCCUGCUACACCGACACGUAGUAGCAGCAGAGUAAAGGCAAAAUUAAGCAUUUCCAAAGAAAUGGAGAAAACAUCUGAGUCUGAAUUACAAAUGACUGACGAAGCAUCUGUUUCAAUUAAACUAGUUUCUACUACAAAACGAAUUAGAACUCGCAAAUCAUCAGUCAGCAGUGACUUGGGUUCUUCAGACAGUGAAGUUCCAUUGACACCUUCAAGACGUUCAAGUCGAAGAUCUUCAACCAAAUCUAAGAAAGGUUGGUCACCAAGUCAAGAUAAAACUAAGUUGGUUGAACUCACUCCAUUACCUGAAGAGGAAGAAGAAGGAGAGACAGAAGAAACUGAUAUGAAAAAAAGAAAGAAAGUAAAGACUUCGGAGUCUACUAGAGCCACCAGAUCAACAAGAUCUACUACUGGAAGUUAUCCUACAAGAAUGAGAAGAAAAGCCAAGAUUUUGACUUUGGAUGAAUAAUUAAUUUCUGCAAGUUUUCUGUCAUUUUGCCAAUAAUGUCUAUUUAUUAUUUCCUUCCUGAAUUUUUGCAUCAAUCUGGUGCUUUUGCGCGAUAUUGUAACGUUGCAAUUUUCGAUUUUGAAAAUACAAUUUCACUGCCUAUAA